UUGGGUGCGGACCCAGGUAGCCCCGCAGGAGCGGUCGCAGGUGCGCCCGCAGGUGCGGACACAGGUGUGCCCGCAGGUGCGGACACAGGUGUGCCCGCAGGUGCGCGCGCAGCUGCACCGGCAGCUGCUGGGGUUGACGGUUUCUUAGUUGGCGGCGGCGCCUUUAAUGACUUGGCCGCCUUUCUUUUACCUGAUUUUGUUAUGACUGUUUCAAACCCGUCGUUAUCCUCCUCUGCGUCUGAGGAGGACGGCGUUGAAUCUGACUCGGCUUCCGAGCCGAUUGGUGAGCAAUCCAUGUCGCAUGGAUUGCUUUUUGGACAGUCCGGUGAGGCUGGGCUGUCCGUAUCGAAUGAGGUGGGCUUUACUUCGGGGUUCACAUCGGUGAACUCCUUGUACGCUUCGGGGGGUGCACCUACUUCCCUAACCACUAACGACUGUGUAAAAUACCUUAUGAGGGUGGCAGGACAACGGCGACUAAACGACGGUGACUGCUACCCUUUUCCUGAUGCUUCUAUCGACGCCGGACACGUCGAUCUUCUGGCCUCUUCUGUAACUUGUUGUCACUUAUCACAAACACCAUCGGAACACUGA